UGACACCGUGUCCUCUUGCCUGGGAGAGGGGAAGCAGAUCUGAGGACAUCUCUGUGCCAGGCCAGAAACCGCCCACCCGCAGGUGAGGCCCGGACCCCUGCCCAGUGCCUUCUCCGGGAUGGACGUGGGGCCCAGCUCCCUGCCCCACCUUGGGCUAAAGCUGCUGCUGCUCCUGCUGCUGCUGCCCCUCAGGGGCCAAGCCAACACAGGCUGCUACGGGAUCCCAGGGAUGCCCGGCCUGCCCGGGGCACCAGGGAAGGAUGGGUACGACGGACUGCCAGGGCCCAAGGGGGAGCCAGGAAUCCCAGCCAUUCCCGGGAUCCGAGGACCCAAAGGGCAGAAGGGAGAACCCGGCUUACCUGGCCAUCCUGGGAAAAAUGGCCCCAUGGGACCCCCUGGGAUGCCAGGGGUGCCCGGCCCCAUGGGCAUCCCUGGAGAGCCAGGUGAGGAGGGCAGAUACAAGCAGAAGUUCCAGUCAGUGUUCACGGUCACUCGGCAGACCCACCAGCCCCCUGCACCCAACAGCCUGAUCAGAUUCAACGCGGUCCUCACCAACCCGCAGGGAGAUUAUGACACGAGCACUGGCAAGUUCACCUGCAAAGUCCCCGGCCUCUACUACUUUGUCUACCACGCGUCGCAUACAGCCAACCUGUGCGUGCUGCUGUACCGCAGCGGCGUCAAGGUGGUCACCUUCUGUGGCCACACAUCCAAAACCAAUCAGGUCAACUCGGGCGGUGUGCUGCUGAGGUUGCAGGUGGGCGAGGAGGUGUGGCUGGCUGUCAAUGACUACUACGAAAUGGUGGGCAUCCAGGGCUCUGACAGCGUCUUCUCCGGCUUCCUGCUCUUCCCUGACUAGGGCGGGCAGAUGGGCUCGAGCUCCACGGGCCUUCCACCUCCCUCAGCUUCCUGCAUGGACCCACCUUACCGGCGAGUCUGCAUCCUUGCCUAGACCAUUCUCCCCACCAGAUGGACCUCUCCUCCAGGGAGCCCACCCUGAUCCACCCCCGCUGCACCCCCCACCCCAUGGGUUCUGUCCUUCCUCUGAACUUCUUUAGGAGUCAUUGCUUGUGUGGUUCCUGUGACACUUAACCAAUGCCUUCUGGUACUGCCAUUCUUUUCUUUUUUUUUUUUUUCAAGUAUUGGAAGGGGUGGGGAGAUAUAUAAAUAAAUCAUGAAAACAAUA